CAGUUCCGUUCCCGCAGUAGAAGUUGGAGUAUUCAAAAUGGCGUGCCUCGCCGUUCCUCCUCUGCGUGCUUCAUCAAUACUAUUACUAACCAAGGGAGUGCAUCAAUUAGAUUUUGCUCUGGCUAGACUUUCAAGCAAAGCAACAACAGUUAGUGCAGCUCAAAAGAUUAUUGGAUCUUGCAGUUCAAAAAAACACAUAUUGUCCUUGAAAGGAAACUGUCGAUGUUGCUUGAUGUCAUGCGCAAGAUUUCUUCAUGAAACUUCCUCAAAUAAAGGAAGCUGUCAACAUUGCACUGAAAUAGUUAUAUCUGGGUAUUGGGUGGGACCUGAUGCUGAUGAUGGGUGGGGAUUUGUGGAAGCUGUAAUUAAUCAAAUGACUUGAUCUUGUUUAUUUUAGAUAAGAGUUGAUUUUGCUUCAUGUAUAUCAAAGAUGUAAGUGGCAGUGUGGCUCUCGGUAAGCUGACCACAGUUCUAUUUCUCAAAGGCUCCAUAAACUAACCAGUCUUUUUGAAAUUUUGAGAGUAUCAUGUGUAAACAGAUACUGGAGAGGCAUAUCUGUUAUUGAAAGAGUUAGUGAAGGCUUGAUAGAUGGGUUUUGA